CACCACCGUUACCCGCACGUCAUGAGGCUCCCUGAGCUGACCGGUUAAAACAACAGCUGCGCGUUAAUCCCACACACCCCACGACGUCCCCCUCACCGCACGCCGGACCGCGGGCAGUACGUAAGCAGACGACCCGUCUCCGUGUUCGCGCCAGCGGGAAGGCAGCAGCGAGUGACAGGAUUUCUCUCUCCCUCCGUUCGCUGAAGAGUUCUCGUGAACUUGUCAGUAAGUUGUUAGCGCGGCGGCCGAGGCUGUUCGACUUUGUGGCUUCCGCUCAAGGACCGCGCUGUUCUAUUUAUAACCGGCUCUCGUCUGCCCCGCGCUCAGUCGCGGCAUUGUGGGUAGGCGGGUGUUCAGGAAGUGCUUCACGGAACUCUUGUGUGUGUAGUUGAGUUGAUUCUGUGGUGUGGAGGUUUUUUUUGUUGUUUUGGUGGGGUUUUUUGAUUGCAAUGUUUGCCACAGAUCGCCGUAGACACUCCCAUCCUGGGCCGUGUCAGUUUACGGACGUGACAAAAUGUCCGCGAGAAACAUACUGAUUUGUGUACACGAGUUCUGAUGACGUUGUGAAGAAACAUAAAACAUACACGUGGUGAAAUGAAUAACGUAGUUGUGAAGAGCGUUGUUCGUCAACUGUGACAUUGUCCAAACUGUCCUACCUGAUUCCUGGACACUAUUUGUCUAGCCGGAGGCUCUGAUGUGUUCCGGCGGUACAGCUUUUGGAAAGGAAGAUUCUGUUCUGUAGAAAGAAACUUGUAAAAAAGAUGUGUGUUGUGUUUGUGAACUACUCAGAAAAGAUGUACCGUUGUGUUCCGAGUGAUCAAGAGCGUGUGUUAUGCUUCAGUUAACUGUGUUGUUUUGUUUUUUUAAUGAGCAACUAGCGGUUAACAUGAUCCCGGUGAAGACUUACUAUCGAGCAAAACUGAAGACCUAAGGAAAAUAAGAUAAAUAUCCAACAAUAGUAAAAGACGCCAAAAAAACAACAACACACACACACAAAACAAGGAAAAGAAAUUCUGGAAUCCCCAAGAUGGCGUCCCAACCCCAACCCGUUAACAUGACCCCGGUGAAGACUUACUAUCGAUAGUAUCGAAUAAAGCUAAAAGACGCCGGAAUAAAACAAACAAUUCUGGGACCGUCAAGAUGGCGUCACAUCCGCGCCGGGCCAGGGGAGAUCACCGGAGUCGUGAGGACAAGCCUCAGCCAAUCAUCAUUCAGAACAUGGAGUUCCUCUCCCCGGGCCAACGACUGUUCCGCAAGAAGCCUCUGUCCACCGCCAACCUCUUCCUGUCCCCCGUGUCACUCAGCAGACAGUCUACGCCGGCCGCCGGGGGGAGGGGGACACCCGCAGCACGCCCAGCUGUACGCGACCUUGACCUGGACGGGGAGAAACAGACUCAAGGUCAGCGUCAGGGUACGGGGAGACAAGGUCAGAGGUCACGGUCUCUGAUCAGGGAGGGUGAGUUCUGGCGCCCACCGGCUGCCCCCGCCACCACCACCCCUCCCCCCAGCGCCCCGGGCCGUAAGCGCGUGACCUUCUCAGACAGUCCUGGAGUACUCACGGCCGCCGGGAACUCCGGCCGGGGGGUGGGGCGGGCGGGGAUACAGACUAAAGGUGCUAACCUCAGCGAUGUCAACAACAACAAUAACGAUAGCUACAAUAAUAAUAAUAACAAUAACAACAACAGCCUGAACAACAACAACGACAACGUCAACAAUGAUAACUACAAAGAAGGCGACAGCGAGAAGUGUGUCGGGAACCAGGCUGUUAGUCCAACAGACAACACGAACGGCAGCAGCAACAACAACAGCAGCAACAACAGUUACAACAGCAGCAACAACAGUUACAACAUCAGCAACAACAGUUACAACAUCAGCAACACCAACAAGAGCGACCACAACAACCUCGGCAUCAACAACGACACUGGGACAAGGACAGAAGCCCCCGAGUGUCGCUCGCCCCCUGAGCCGGCGAGGUCAUCAAACAACAGCGACAGCAACAACUACAAAAACAGCAACAACAGCGAUAGCAACAACAGCAACAGCAACAACUACAACAACAGCAACAACACCAUCACUGAGCCAGCUGUGUCACCAAACAGCAGCGCGUUGACCCGGCCUCACUCCCCGCUUGUACCGCCGCAGACGGAUGACGUCACCGACACUCUCAGACGGCUUGACCAAACACCGCCGACCACUCAGGGUCAAGAGGGAUCGUCUCUGUGUUUGGACCAACACUCGACACUGCUCGCCGCGCCGGUCAACGACAGCCCAGGUCAGAGCGGCAAUCUCUCCACUGGCCUAUUUCCCGGACACAGUAGUGGACAGACCUGGGUGAGUGGCGCCCCGCCGACAGAAACAGCUACACCCUCCCUGGGGGUGAAACCUGACCUCUGGGACAGGUCAUCCACGGACAAAACAACCCGACCUGGCACCAAGACAAAGCGGGUGUCCUUCAAGUUGUCAGACGAUGAGGGAAGUGAGCGAGCCAGCAUCACGGCACAGACCGACGCAUCCUCCGACCGCUGGUUCGACAGAGAGAGAUACACACACACCCCGCGCGACCACAGAGGCUACUAUCAGACAGACGAAGAACCUUCCAGAAAUCCUGCACCCAAGUACCCACAAACCAGCGGCGCUCAAAACCAGCGUAAAAACAUUCCAGCAGUGCCGAAGCGUUCUAGUGUUAGACCUGCCUUCAAGGAGAGAGGGAGCCACAGAGCAAGUAGAAAUAACAACACGCUAGGAACUUUGUCCGAGGCGAACGUAAAAUUCGGCUCUAAGAUCUUACGGCUCAACUUUCUCAAAGACGAAUCCCCGCGAGGAGCGAGAGAUCCCAGUGUUGACAGGACUGACCAGUCGUUCUCACGCCACCUGGACUUACGGCGUCGUAGUGGCCAAGACUUUCCCGCCACUGGUCACGUGGACAAUCUGUACCGGUCAGCCUCUCUGGACAAUGUGUCCUCCACACAGUCAAAGCCUGGAGCUGUCUCCCACGACGUGUUCCUGACCAACCCCGCCAUGAUCGGGGACCCGUUUGAGCCGACCGUUAACCCCCAACUGACCCUAACCUCUAACCCGACCAGUCAGCCCAGAUCUCAGGGCGCCGUCAACUCGGACUUUCUCAUGCAGAUCUACUCGGUGAGUGGCGACAAAAAGUCUGUGUGUCCUCAAGACUCUACAACUCCGCAGUCGUCAACAAAUACCGCGUCUGUCCGUCACGGUACAGAGGUUACUCACACACAGGACAUCCCUCCUUCCUCCUCCCUCCCGCCCUCACACACCCCCACAGACACGCGACACCCCCCUUCCUCCUCCCUCCCGCCCUCACACACACCCACUCACACACGACGUCCGUUGACCGUACACUCCACUCACGUACAACACUCGAGAACUCUGGCCAAAGAACGACGUCUGCUCAGCGCGGGUCCCUCUGAGCCUCGCCGUACUUCCCACAGACGGCCUGCUCGCUCCUCCUCGGCCUUCACCUUGACCCGCGGCAGUUACGUCAGCAGGGGUGAUGGGCGUGGCCAGGAGGAGGAGGGGGACAUGAUUGACAGGCUGCUGUUGAAGGGGGAGGGGCAUGCAGGUGUGAGUGAGAGGACCGUGCUCAACAGGCGCCUGGAGGAACUGGUGGUGGCCUCAACUCACUGCUCACGUCACAGGCUCGUGCUGGAAAGGUCAAGGUCGGACCUGGUCUGACUGGCGAGGUCCUGGCCUUACGUCGUCCGUGUUUGUUUGUUUGUGUGUUUGUUUAUUUUCAUUUGUUUGUUUGUUUUGGGGUCUUUUUGUGGCGUG